GGGAAAUCCGAUGUUUACGUUCGAGAAUGAUCUUUCGUCUUGCAUGACGCACAGAGCAUCAAAUAUUAUUAUAUGCUAUUCAAAACGUGACUGGGCAAUGAAAUUUAGACGUUGGAAUUUAGAUCUAUUUGGAAAACUCGAUUUUAGAUGAUCUAUAAACCGAGAAUCUUCAAUUAACUGUGAAGCUCUCGAUGCAUUAACAUCGAUGGAUUUUGCCGACGAACAUGAGUGUCAUGCGGAAUCUAAUGCAGUAACGAUGCAAAAUAUUCUGGCAUUUCAUAAAUUCAGACGAGAAAUAUCUAACGGCGUGCUAUUAAUUGUACAUAGAGGAGAUAUAAUUUUCGACUAUGUUAUCGUCAAAGCGUGCGGCGUAUAUAGAUAUUCCGAAUUCAAGCAAAUUUUGUCUGAUCAUCAUUGUGAAAAUGAAUAUAAAUACAAACAGUACACCUGGCUGUGCAAAAAAGGACUUAAUUCAUAUCUCGUCUCAGCAUACAUUACAAUGCUAAUAAAGUCAUAUGUUUAUCGUAGGAGCGCUAUGAAAAUAUUGCUACAUUUUCAAAUUACAUGGAAUUUAUAUGAUGUAGAAAAUUUGCAAAUAAUAUUUAUAAGAUUGAGAACGCCAAGAAAGCAAUUCCUCGAUUACAAAUGGAACGAAAAAUUAAUGCAAAUAGUUAUAGAAAGACAAGAAGCUGAUCAUGCUAUGUCUUGGUUGUCCACGCUUGGAGGAGCCUUUUCUGCAUUAGGAGAAGAAUUUGAACAUUGUGCUAAAAUGGCAGGUCAAAUCUCAGUGAAGCAAUUUGAAUUAGCAUUGCGUCUUGACAAUCCUCUCCUUGUUGCCCGUUGCAAACUAUAUGCUGCUUUAAGCUUGAUCCAAUGUGGUCAAUUUAUUGCACCAAAGUAUAUGAUACAAAGAAUCUACAAAUUUGCAAUUAAAGAAAAAGAUGUGCGUCUCCAGAACAUGUGUCGGGGUGUAUGGGCAAAAUUGCAAUACAAUUACAAACAGCGAAAGAGAUCUUUAUCAUUUAAAACUUUGCAUAUAACUUCAAAAAUUUAGGAAAUACUAGGCAUUUUUGUAAACAUGUUGACAAUAUAUUAUUUUAAAUAUACAACCUCCUAGAGUUUCUCGAA